AUGUCCAUUCCCAAUGAAGCUCUUCAAAAGCUAGUCCAAGAGAUUGAAUCUCAAGCCAUUGCCUCGCAGCAGCAGAUCGGCCUGGUCAAGUCCCAAAUCACAUCGAAGCAGCGAGAGGUACGCCUCCUGGAACUCACUUCGAGCGAGGUGGGCCAAGUUCCGAAGGGAACCAAUGUAUACGAAGGUGUUGGUAAAAUGUUCGUCGCGACGCCUAUCGAUAAUGUCAAUAAACGAUUGUCAGAUGAGCAGAAGGGAUUGAAGACGGAUAUCACGAAUCUCGAGAAGAGACUACAUUAUUUGGAGACGACAUUUAAAAAUAGCCAGAACCAGAUCGAGCAGAUUUUCCGGAGUGGCGGGAGAUCGUGA